AGACAUUGAUUUAAGUAUGGCUGCGUUCAAGUUCCAGUUAAAAUGUCCCAAAUACAUAUUUUACUAUGUGACUGUUGCUUAGCAACAGUUUUUGAUAAAAUGGACCAAAACUGCCUUUUGUACGAAUUUAUAAUUUUAAUAAAUCAAAAGUCACAUGAAAUGGGGCCAAUUCAAUAUUAAGAUUUUAUAGAUUUUAUUUCUAAUGCCUAUUACAUACAAUCGUGGCAAUGUAAGAAAGUUAGCUUUUCGUGCUAGAGGAAGAUCAGCACAAUCUUUAGAUGUUAGUGCUCCGCGUGUCGACACAGGUGGAGGAGGCGAUGGACGCGUCUUCUUACACAUACGGCCUGCUUUGGCCGAUACUCGGUCUAUGUUACAACGCUCAAAUACUACUCUCACAGGAAAUAAUUACGCAUGUAAAGAAGAUGUUAAGGAUGAGGCUGUUAACUUGCAAGCUGUGGGUGAAGGUAAGGUACAGCUUUCUCGAACCCCACAAGAAAAAGAUCGAUUACCCGACAGGAUAAGUUUGGACAGACGAGGCCUUUCAUCAAUCCCACACAUUGUUGGCGAGCCAGGCUUGCGUUUGUUAUCUUUGCAACAUAAUUUGAUUAACACCUUGUCAGGGCUAUCUCCACUGGAUUUAAGUAAACUAGUUUUCCUAGACGUAUAUGACAAUCAGAUCGAUAAAAUUACAUCACUCGAGAAACUUUUUAGCUUGAGAGUUCUCUUAUUAGGAAAGAACAGAAUUAAAAGAAUCGAAGGUCUGUCGAAUUUGGUCAAACUGGAAGUGCUGGAUUUACAUGGUAACAAGAUCACAAAAGUAGGAUGUUUGUCUAAUCAAAGCGAGCUUAAAGUUCUCAACCUAGCGGGUAAUCAGAUUAAAUGCAUGGGACCGACGGAUCUUCAGGGAUUAGUGUCUUUACGCGAAUUGAACCUUAAGCGAAACCGAUUAAGGAAAUUACUUGGUUUCCAAAAUACAAUGAAGUUACAAAAGUUGUACCUUGGAAAUAAUGAUCUACAAAGUAUUGAAGAUGUAUCAUCGUUAGCUGAGGCUACGUCUCUCACAGAAGUUUCUUUGGACGGUAAUCCUGUAGCAUUAGGUGGCGACUGUACCCCUUUUCUAGUAUCGUAUCUCCCAAAUCUUACUACAUUAACAAAUAUGCACGUCAGUGACCAGGUUCGUCAAGCUGCAAUGGCUUGGCGUAACAACAAGGAAGCAGCUCAUGCCGCGUACUGUGCAUUAAGUGGAUCUGCUCAUCAAGCAGCUCGGCGUGAUCAAAUCAUUAAUAAUGCUCGAACUAAUUGGGAACUUCUCAGGUCAGAAAAUAAAUGUUUUGUAACUACAGCCACAAGCCCAAUUGAAAAAGAGUCUGAAAUAGAGACUGUUGAUGAAACAAACAGUGGUGAGACGCAAACUGUGGAAACGACUGUUAUUCCUGAUUUAAUAGCAUCUACGCGUAAAGUAGACAAUGAAAUAUCAGAAUGCAAAGUGAACAAUAUAAGUACUCAAGCUUUUUCUGAUAUUUCCACCCCAAAACCCAUGACGCAGAAAUUGCAAAGAAGCUCGACUGCACGAAAACUUUCUGACAAACGUGUGAAUUUUUCUGAACGAAGCGCUUCCCAAGAUACAGACGCUUCACAUUCCACUUCUACGAGUAGUGAUCUCAGAUUACCACCAAUAUUAUUACCGAUAAUAUCAUCCCUGGAAAACGUUAAAUUAAAUGACAGUACAGAACCUGUAUUAAAAAGGUGGGAAAGUAUAUCCAGUGUUGAGCCAAUAGGUGAUUCAUCAUUUAGUUCCAUGCCCUCAUCAUCCAGUGAUAGUGAAGAUGAUACUAAUAAGAGACAACUUAGAAGGGUUCCCACUGUAUUAAGACGACGUGAAAACUUCAGUACAAUGCGAUCCAAAUCGGUUUGCGACCCGGAAAGCCGAAGAGCAAACGCAGUUGUAAGAAAUUCCGAUAACUGCGAAAAUACCAGUAAUAUUUCGUGUAGUACAAAUUUUGGAUCUGUUGCUACAUCUUCGACUUCAGGAAGUGAUAACAACAGUAAAUGCUUAAAACGACAAGGUUCUCUCAACAGCAGAUCAAAUACAAGAAAUAUUCGCAGCGCGACUAUAACGAGGAGAAACGAGAGAGCUUCAUCGGCUCAUCGUGCGUCAACUGCAAGAGCAAAGACAACUAAAAAUUUAGCAAGUUUAAAAUCAUCUGAGCCUGUUCCUAGAGCACCGCCUCAGUGUAAGGAUAGGGAGCAGGGCGUGGAUUACCUCGUAGAAGUUAGCGAUGGCCUGGUUAGUGCGUGGGGUGCCGGGGCAGUGAGGCGUCUGGCUCGCGAUUGGGAUUGGGAACGUGCACGUACGGUCACCCGGGCAUCAUUUCACUACGUACAUUUUCAUGCUGUUGCACAAUGCUUACCGGAACUCAAAGCCAAAUUUCCAAACGUUACUCACAUAUCUGUCCGGGCCACAGGACUACAACAUUUAGGACAAUUGCAUGCUUUGGCCGAAUUACGAGGAGUAACUGGUUUAAAUAUCAUGCCCGAAGGAAAUCCUAUUUGUGUCAAAGUUUGGCGUGAAUACGCUGUCUAUAGACUUGCUCAUUGGGGUCUUAAAGAAAUCAAUGAUGAACAGGUUACAGACGAAGAAAUAAAGAUGGCUAAUAAAACAUACAGUGGCUUAAGUGAUAUGGUACUCCGUGCACUUCCUGAUGCCCCUUUGCAGCCGUUACUAUCAAGAUUAGGUAAAAGUGGAAACAGCAGCUCAAGCGCGAAAGCGUGGCUACGUGCUGCAGAUCCAGCAUUACGCGAUGUUAUAGCUAAGGAAGCAUUGCAGUAUAAAAAAGGACAUGUUUCGCAGGAGGAUAUGAGUUGGAGAGUCCGUGGUCGUGGUCAAUUAUCACACGCGAUUGAGUUAGCGUGUGGAGCGGCUAUACGUCUACGCACAUUAGAACUCCAGUGGCCUGUAAUCUUCGUAGAAAUGAUUGAGGAAGUGCUACGAGAUUAUGCUAAUAUGGAAAAUCAUGUCAAAGAACAGAUGCGCAUGCUUACGGAUUCCUUGUGACAUAUUUUGCUAAUAUUUCGUAUUAGAUUUGUAAAGCUAAAUUGUUGAUAUAUACUUACUUAUUACGAAAAACACAGACCCAUAUUGGUCCGAUUGCAUUUUCCACGUAUUUUUUUUAGAAGUUAAUAAAACAAUUUCAGAAUAAUAUGUACCAGCCUAACAACACUGAUCAAUUGAUAGUAUGGUAGGUACAUAUAGUUUUUAGAUAGUAAAAAUAUAUUUUUUACACUUUCUAAAACAAGUUGUUCCUAAACCUGGCAGUGUGCAAUAACGAUGUGGUAGGUAAGUACCUAAUACCCAUAGACAUAAGUACUAUUCGCAUAAUAUAGUUAGGUAUUACCGUUGUUUUUGUUACUUACCUAGUGGUCAAAACAUAUAAAAGCGUAAAAAUGGCUGCACGGUUGGAAUCGUCAAAAAACGACAUCACCGACUCAACGCAAAAAAGCGGCGUUUUACUACCAUACCGCAAACUUUGCGGUAUGGUAGUAAAACGGUUAUUGCCAAGUGGCUUAGCUUUUAUGUAUAUUGAACCAAAACUGGUGAUUGAGAAAAAAAAUUAUUAGAAAACAUUUUCCUUGGACCUUGGAGUGGGACCUUCACAUUAUCCAGAAACUACGUUUUCCAAAAACUACGUUUUUCAGAAUUGUUGAUAAAAAUAGAACUAGGUAUAGUAGAUAUAGCUAGCCUAUAUUUUCAGAACUGAUACAAUAUUACUUCACAUAGUUGCUCAAUACUUAUAAGACAAAGAACUAACAGUAGACUUAGUGGGAAAAUAAUAGCCAAUUAAAAUAGAUAAAUUAUAGUAAUUUUAAUUCACACUUUGCAAAUAUGUAUGUAAUAUGAUGUUAUGUAGGAAAAUAAAACAUUUUUGUUAGAAAUUGUGUAUAUUUGAUUACAAUCCUAUACCUUCACCAUUUAUAAUGCACUAAACCUACAUGUUUGGGUGAAUGCCUUCGAGUUAGGAACAGUCUGAAGUCAGCUGCGAUUCCAACUGUUGAGGAGCUGUUGUUGUUGCUGAUUGAAAGUUCGUUUUCAACACAGGCAUUUGCUAUUUAAAAGGCCAGUUCUACAUACAUCUUGACUCGAAUCUGUUAAAUUUUUAAUCGAAAAGAAACCAUUGAUUUUUUUAUGAUGUUCAUAAUACCAACAUGUGGGCCUAAUUAAUAAAAAAAAUUCAACCGACUUAAAAAAUAUAAAACGUACUGACUGCACUAAAAGGCGAAAAAUAACGUCACACUAAGUUCUAUAUAUCAUAUUAUAUUCUAACUGAUGAUCAGUUUGAAGGCUUUUGAGGAAGAGGUGUAUCGCCAAAUCCAGUUCGACUGGGUCGAAAUGGAGCGAAAAAAAGAUGGAGCGAGUUAUGCUUGGAGUUUCUCUGCGUGAUCAAAUCAGGAAUGAGGAGAUCCGCAGACGAACCAAAGUCACUGACAUAACUCAGCGAGUCGCGAAGCUGAAGUAGAUGAACGUAAAUAAUUUAUAAUUUGUAUGAGAAG